CACACGCUCUCUCUCUCUCUUCCCCCCUCUCUCUGUAUAUAUAUAACCUCUCAAUUUCCAAAAUUCAACAAGUUCAGACCUCCCUCCACUGCUUUCACACUCCCAAUUCAAAACUCCCCACCCAAACUUCACUCUGAUAAACACUUUCAAAAACGAACCCAGAGAAAUGGAAGUCUCCCCUUUCCCAUUCCUCAACCACGAAUCCUUCGCCAGUUUGUUCACCUCAUUCCAAGAACAACCCGAUCAGAAGCGCCAGAAAACAGACCCCGUCAACUCCGACUCGACGCCGUUCAGAGACAUCCUCUCCUCGUUCCUCUCCUUCGACGAAGACGAUAACACGAAAUCCCAAUCCCAAUUCCAAUUCCAAUCCCAAUCCCAAUCCCAAUCCCAAACAAUGACCGACGGCUUCUACCCGAUCGACGGCUUCUUCCAAGAACCGGAUCAAAAGGACCCGCCCCGACCCAAACGCGCCAGAACCCCGAACGGACCCGACGCCAACGUCUCCGCGACCGCUUCCGAGGCGUCGGCCAACGGCGGAGGCGGGGGAGCGCGGCGUUUGUGGGUGAAGAGCCGGUCGAAGGCGUGGUGGGACCAGUGCAGCCACCCGGAUUUCCCAGAAUCAGAAUUUCGACGCGCUUUCAAAAUGAGUAAAUCCACGUUCGAGUUCAUAUGCAGCGAGCUCGACCCGGUCAUCAACAAGAAGGACACCAUGCUCCGGCUGGCCAUACCGGUCCGCCAGCGCGUCGCCGUCUGCAUCUGGCGGCUGGCCACCGGGGAGCCCCUGCGCCUGGUCUCCAAGAAAUUCGGUCUGGGCAUCUCCACGUGCCACAAGCUCGUGCUGGAAGUCUGCGGGGCCAUCAAGAGCGUCAUGAUGAGCAAGUUCUUGAACUGGCCCGACGAGGAGAGAAUGACGAGGGUGAAGAGGGAAUUCGAGCUGGUUUCCGGGAUUCCGAACUUGGGCGGAUCAAUCUACACUACCCACGUGCCUAUCAUCGCGCCCAAGGUGAACGGACCGGCUUAUUUCAACAAGAGGCACACGGAGAGGAACCAGAAGACGUCGUAUUCGAUCACGGUACAAGGCGUUGUCGAUUCGAAGGGGGUGUUUACGGACGUCUGCAUCGGGUGGCCGGGGUCUAUGAGCGAUGACAAGGUUCUGGAGAAAUCGGCGCUUUCGCAGAGGGCAAGUCGCGGGCUUCUGAAGGACAUUUGGAUCGUGGGGAACGGCGGGUACCCUUUGAUGGACUGGGUGCUGGUGCCUUACGCUCAGCAGAACCUGUGGACGCAGAGGGUGUUCAACGAGAAAGCCGGGGAGGUGGAGAGGGUGGCGAAGGAAGCGUUUUCGCGGUUGAAAGGGAGGUGGAGUUGUCUGCAGAAGAGGACCGAGGUGAAGCUCCAGGACUUGCCCGUGGUCCUCGGUGCUUGUUGCGUGCUGCACAACAUUUGCGAGAUGAGGAACGAGGCGAUGGAACCGAGCGAGACCGGUUUUGAUCUCUUCGACGAUGAGAUUGUGCCGGAGAAUGCCGUGAGGUCCGUCGACGCGAUGCGAGCUAGGGAUCAGAUUGCUCACCAUUUGUUACACCACAGUUUUGCGGACACUGGUCUUCCAUAGUUGUGCUGCUACCACUAGAUUAGUAGCUAGUAGGUUUUUUUGUGUACUUGGUGUUGAUUCUUUUCCAUCAUUUGAUGUAGUCAUGUUAUAGGAUACUGUCCUUGUAGCUUUGUAGAUUGUUUUUUUCGAUAUAGUAAAUUGACACAGAUUGUUUUUCAA